UCAGAGGUUUUAUUUGUGGAGGAAGUUAUUACUGUAGGACCAAGACGUGUGACGUCCCGGCGUGCAUUGCAGCUGUCCGUCCUCUUCCGGUUUGUGAGCCUUUCCGAGAGACACUGAUUGAUCAUGGCAAAGUCCAAGAAUCACACAACUCACAACCAAUCUCGCAAAUGGCACAGAAAUGGCAUUAAGAAGCCCGUAUCUCAAAGAUAUGAAUCUCUAAAGGGGGUUGAUCCUAAGUUCUUGAGAAACAUGCGCUUUGCCAAGAAACACAACAAGAAAGGAAUAAAGAAAAUGUUGGCAAACAACGCAAAGUUUGCAGCCAGCGCCCAAGCCCCUGCACCCGCUAAAUAAUUCUACUUGUUGG